CGGCGCCCAGAGCGAGGCUGGGGUAGAGAGGCCGACUGAGCAGGAGUCGUCCGCUUGUCGUGGAGGCUGCUAGGGAGCCGGCGAGAGGGUGAGCGGGCGAGCAGGCGAGCAGGCGAGCGAGCUAGAGCAGGCAGCAGGGAGCGACGCGCGGCGCAGAGUAGCGCCGGGGCCGGGCCGCGGAGGAACCCACAGCCGGAGAGGGGCAGCCCGAGCCGGGCGCCGCGGGGUCCCCACCCCCACCCGGCCGGACAGUGCCCGGUGUUCCCCCGUGCGGGGGGCGGCGGCGGCGGCGGCGGCGGCUGACGGGACCCGACAGGACCGCGGGGGUGUUGCCACCUCCACCGAGGAGCCGGGGCCCGGGGCCCGUGAUAGACGGGCCGAGGAAAGGAGAGAGGCGGCGGCGGCGCAGGCGACGGGGAGGCAGCGGCGACACCAUGUCAUCCCCCAGUCCGGGCAAGAGGCGGAUGGACACGGACGUGGUCAAGCUCAUUGAGAGUAAGCAUGAGGUUACGAUCCUGGGAGGACUCAAUGAAUUUGUAGUCAAGUUUUAUGGACCACAAGGAACACCAUAUGAAGGCGGAGUAUGGAAAGUUAGAGUGGAUCUUCCUGAUAAAUACCCUUUCAAAUCUCCAUCUAUAGGAUUCAUGAAUAAAAUUUUCCAUCCCAACAUUGAUGAAGCGUCAGGAACUGUGUGUCUAGAUGUAAUUAAUCAAACUUGGACAGCUCUCUAUGAUCUUACCAAUAUAUUUGAGUCCUUCCUGCCCCAGUUGUUGGCCUAUCCCAACCCCAUAGAUCCUCUCAAUGGUGAUGCUGCAGCCAUGUAUCUCCACCGACCAGAAGAAUACAAGCAGAAAAUUAAAGAGUACAUCCAGAAAUACGCCACGGAGGAGGCACUGAAAGAGCAGGAAGAGGGUACCGGUGACAGCUCGUCGGAGAGUUCUAUGUCUGACUUUUCGGAAGAUGAGGCCCAGGAUAUGGAGUUGUAGUAGAAAAAGCACCUGCUUUUCAGAAAGACUAUUAUUUCCUAACCAUGAGAAGCAGACUAUAAUAUUCAUAUUUAAACAAAGCAAUUUUUUUUAUUACUAAACAAGGUUUUUAUGAAUAAUAGCAUUGAUAUAUAUAUAUUAUAUAUCACCCUUUAGAUCUUGAUUUCUUGGUCAUUUCUCAACCUGAGGUGCAUAGCAUAUUCCCACAUUCCAUUUUGGUAGCAAUAUGCGGUCUGAAUGCAUGCAUUCAUAAGUCCAUUUUGGCCAAGUCAGCCUGUGUGCUACUGAACUGUCAAAAGAAAUAGCCGCUCUGAUAGGUAGACAUGAGUAAAACUAACAGGAAAAAGUUGCUUCUUUUAUUGAUGGUUCCAAAGAAACAAACCAAACCAACCAGCUCUUGGACGUGAAGAUAGAAUAGUGCUUUUUCAAAAUGGACGGGAGGAGCCAGGGGAGGAAAAGGCCUGCUGUGGGAAGGUGUAGAGCCAGCCGUGUCAGAGCCACAGCCAUUCCUUCCUGUGAGUCCUGGGUGGCCCCAUUUCUGUGGAGUAACGGUAUAAGACAGAGAGCUAAUUGGAGUGUUGAAACCUAAAACCAUUUGACUCUGAAUUUUAAGUACAUUUUUAUAUGUAGAUUCCUGCCUGUCUUGCUAUCAGGCCCUACAGCCCACAAGUGUUUUUGCUUUGGAGAACCUUUUGGAAGUGUUUUCUGAACCUGAUUCUUUUUCUUGGGGUGGAGCUUGAAAUCCAUACCUUUCUGAGAGGACAGGACAGGAGGAGUAAAGUGACUGGGAAGGUAUUUCAUCUCAUCCAGCACGUGCAGAGUCACAUCCUCAUCUUAUUGGCCACUUUGUGAUACUACCCUGGACUAAGAGCUUUAAAUUUGAGGGUGAUUGUGGGUGGUUUUGUUUGGGUUGGAGCUUCCCCCCCAUCCUUUUUCUUUCUUUCUUUCUUUUUUUUCUUUCUUUUUUUUUUUUCUUUUUGGUGUGUGCAUGUGAAUUGUGCUUAGGUUGCAAAUUUAAUCUUCACCUACCAAGAGAUGGCCUCCUCCUUGGAUAGCCGCUCAGUGGACCAUUAGACUCAGCAAGAAGACCCACCUGUGGCUCUUACUCCUGGGUACUCUCAUUCAUGUUUGGGGUUUAUUUUCCCUUCUGCUGCUGCUCUUGGCAGGAGUCUGGUCAUCAUCUGCUUGUGGGAGUGGGAAACGGGUGUUUUUAGACCAACACACAUUCUAAAUUUAAAAUGAGUAAUAAUUGGAACAUAUAAAGGUCCUUGUACCCAAAGUGACUCCACACGAGAAAAACAAACCACUUUUUUCAGAGUGUGACUGAAGAGGAGGAAAGAGUUCGGAAAUAUGAUGCAGUAGAACAGGUUUUGAAGGAAGAACAUAUUCUCUCCUGUAUUUGUUAAGAGGAAAUCAGACAGUUGAAAAUGCCUGCUAAUCAAAUGUUUACUUAGCUCACCAUAUGUCCAGGUUGCCGGCAGAGUUUCUUUCAGAUAUGAGUGUUGCCUACUGAAUUUGGAGAACUUUAGACAGCAAGUCUGUAUCCCCCCCACCUUUUUUUUUUUUGCCACAACCAAUAGGACAAUAGCAGAAUUAGCCAAUCCUAAAACCUUCUAAAGACCAUUUUUGAAUGUCCCACCGGGAUAAUUGAAUUUUUCUUUCUAAUGUGUGUUUUUAGUUUAGAAGUGCUAUCUAUUCUACAAGAUUUGAGUCCGUGAGGUUGGAAGAUAUCCUAUCUUUUUUUAUUCAAAAAGCACAAUCAAUCUUUUCUUUGAAAAUCUAUAUAAAGUACAACUUGCUUUUAGCAUGAUUAUUUUCCUAAAUAAAAGACAAAGAAUUUACUUAUUUUAUGUUAAUUACGGGCAUGAAGCAAAAGGUUUUCUUUAAAAAAAAAUUUAAAGUGCAGUUAUGUAGGGCUGUGGUUAGUUAACCGUACUGAGUUAUCUAUCUAGCAUUUGUGGCUUGUUGGAGGGGUAGUGUUAACUAUUUAACAUGGAAUGGUGUGCUUUAACUUUUCUAGCGCGUUGUCUUCUCAUUAUUUUGGGGGAGGGAGGGUCUCUGCUGGCACUGUCUAACCUGCUUACCUGCCGAAUUAGCAGUUUGCUUGUGCUAUAACCGUUUAAAUUGUAGGUGCGACUUAGGGUAGGCUUUAAAGUGCUGGGUGGUGAUUUGAGUUCAAACAAUAAAAAAUUGUAUUUUUUCAAUAUUGUAUAAACAAUAGUGUUCUAAUUACCUUUCAAAAAAAAAAUAAUGUCCAAAUAAUAAUUGCUUUUAAUCUUGUCAAAACAAAACCCAUCAAACUAAUAGAGCCAAGUUUAGAGGGGGAAUGUAUAUGAGCCACAGCUCUGCUCCCCAACUGAAAACAUUUUUCUCAAACAAAAAAGAAGUCAGCUUGUCGCGGAUUGAACGCUCUGGCACUGGGAGUUUGGUGGUGUGGAAUUUCCGAAUGAAGACAUAUUGGGGGAGGUUGCAGGUGUGAAGCCGCAGAUCUGAGCAUGGCUGCAGCAUGUGUGCGUGUAUGUUUGUCCAUCCAAGUCCAUCUGAUGAAGGUGUAAUUAGGCUUCCCAUUAGCACAGAAGCUUCUGGAAAUGCCACCCAAAUCACGCUGUACCCUCUCGUUCUGUGGAGAUCUGUCCUUUUUGGGCAUUAACCUUGGGGGGAGCCAAGCUUUUGGCUCUGUGUGGGGUUCUUCGUAUCCUCUGAGAAACUGGUUUUGAGGGGUUGAGCAGAAUCCCUUUUUAUUAUUUUUGUCCCUUCCUGUACCUGGGUAGGACAAGGAGACCAUGCUUCUAGGUGCAGAGGGAGCUGGAAGAAGGCCUGGCUGUGAAGCAGAGGAUUCUGCCCCCACUAGUAGAUGAUACUGUAAGGCUUAGAAGAGGGGAUGUUACAGCACCAAAAGCUUUUCCAGGUUUCCCAUCAUAACACUCAAAAGCAUCCAGAGCCCCUCAGAAGGGCUGAACACUAUUGCCCUUAAAGGUGGUGGUAGCAGGUCAGCGUUGCUUCUGGCGGUUUCCCUCCCUUUCUUAGUGUACCCAUAGUUUUUGAAGUUUUACCUUGUGGUUUACCAGCGCAAGCCAUCCUCUGCCCCCGUUCAAAUGACCGGGCUCAAGCUCUUGCCAAAACCGACAAGCGAGGUGGCCGCAGCCCCAGCCCCGGGGCCCAGCAGGUUGCAUUUAGUGGUAGCCAAGCCAGAUGCUGGCAUUUCGCUCUUUUGUCUUCAGUCUUCUCGCCCUCCUUGAGGUUACUGUGCAGUUUCAACCAGCAUUUUAUACUAGGGUAGUUCUCAGAAGUUGCCAUAUGUCUCUCCAGUACCUAACAUUCUUCCACUUCAGAAGCUGUUCUGAUUGCCAACUGGCUGAUCUAAGCUCCUGAGGAGGGUCUCCCCUCGAAGGAUUUUUUUUUUUUCCCCCUCAAAAUGCUCCCUGAAGCCCUGGUUGGCCUUGGCCUGACACUUGCUUUUUAUUAGGCCUCCUAUUAUGGCUGAGAAUCAUGAAAGACAGAUCCUCUGCUAGCCUUCAUGGGUAAAGUUGCUAGACACCAAGUUCCUAGGAACUGGUGUUUGAUUUUAAAUGGCGCCUGGCCCUUCUACGUUCUAGGGACUCAAUCAGAAAAGUGAAAGCCAUUAACAAGAGUUAGCAAGAGUUCCAUUUCCUUGUACCAACUUCCUAACCAGGUUCACGGCCUUCUUGACUAAAAUCAUUUCCGAUUGGGUGCAAAGACCUGCGUUUCUUUGGACUUCUGAAUCCAUGUUCAUAUUUUCUCUGGCCAUGGAACACCUUGGCUGUUCCAUCAGGGACUGGAGUGGAGGCCCGUUGGGGAAGGGAAGCUAACAGCCCUCGGGUGGGCAAGUUCUCCACCCACCUGAGAGAGGGCCAGGAUUCUCACUUCAGCAAAUACUCGUCUUGGCUGGGGGCUUGGGAAGAAAUGGCCAUUAUUUACUGAUUGUAUUUGGUACAUAUUGUGUGAUACUUGAAGAGAGAAAAGGGACUUACCAGCCCUUAAUUGAAAUCUAAGCUUUUUACCGCUUAUUUUUUCCUUGCCCUAUCUCCUCUCUUCCACCUUUUUCCUUGCAUUGUGAUGAUCUAGCGGGCACUUCUGUCAACAGGACAAAUGCCUCCUCUGACUAUAACCUCUUAAUAGUUGUGUAUAAUGAAAACUGUAAACUUUUUUAAAUAAAAUGUGUAUAUACCUUGGCAAA